GCCUAUCCAAAUCCAAAUAUAAAUUCAAGACGUUUUAGCAACAGCAUCCUGAAAAAUCGCGGGUGUUGAACGUUGUACUGUGUUAGCUAAGAAGCGCUAGCUCAAUUGAAUCUCCUGCUUCCUUGGCGGUGCAAGUGCAACGAAGUUCAAGUGUUUUUAUGCCUGUAUCAGUUUGCAUUAGUUGUUUCUCUAAUGGUCUUUAGCAAUGACAUUGACCUAUAUGAAGUCUGGUGGCUAAAAGAUGAUCGGUGGCUGUUUAAUACUUUUCUUUGUUGUUUUGAAGGUGAGUCUGCAAUAUUGCACAUCCCUGAGCUACAUGGGCAGUUAAAUUCGUCCCAGAUUGAACUUCCCUUGAUGCUCAUGUUGAUCUUAUUGCGGAAAUCUGGGUGCAAUCUAGUCAGCUGGUAUGCUUCAUUACUUAUUUGGUAUUACACCGGAUCCACAUUACAUAAACGCUGUUGUGGCAACUUGUGAAUCUUCAGUCAAGUUUUGGGAUCUACGUAUAAUGAUGAAGGCAAAUGCAUAUGAGUGUGCCAUUAUACGCAAUGCUAACUAUGAUGUGAUAAAACAUAUACUUAGGGCGAUCUGUGAUACACAUAUGGAAUCACAGAAGGCCAGAAUUCCUGUCAAAGAGCAUCCUGGGCAUAUGCAUUGGACAUGGGCUGUUACGUUUAAUCCCGAGGUGCCGACACAAACUCAUCUAUUAACUUGUGACAGGCUCCUACAUAUGCUGGUGAUGAAUCAACCUCUGGAAGGUGGUUUUAUAUCCUACAUGUAAAAUCCUCCACUUACAACUUAAGUGGGCAGACCCAUUACCUAAUUCACCCUACAGUGAUUAUGAAGACUGUGUAUAUGGUAUUUGUUGCUAACUCUGUUUUCUAAUAUGCUGUUAAAAUUAAUCUAACAAUGUUUUAACCCUA